AAACGCAGAACCGAAAUGGUGAUUCCAGUUGAUGAGGGCAUUUUUCUAUCGAUGCUUUUAAAGAUUAUAAACGCUAAGAACACUCUUGAGAUCGGUGUUUUCACUGGUUACUCUCUACUCACCACGGCCCUUGCUUUGCCUGAAGAUGGUCGCAUUACUGCAAUUGAUAUUGACAAGGAAGCCUAUGAAGUGGGAUUAGAGUUUAUGAAGAAAGCAGGUGUUGAUCACAAGAUCAAUUUCAUCUAUUGCGAUGGUAUGGAGGUCUUAGACAAAUUGGUUAACGACAAGAAUCAGGAGUUUGAUUUCAUAUUUGCUGAUGCUGACAAGCCAAACUACGUCAACUUCCUUGAGAGAUUUCUGAAAUUGGUGAAGGUUGGAGGAAUCAUGGCAUUUGACAACACCUUGUGGUUUAGUUUUGUGGUUGAGGAAGAAGAGAGCGUUCCUGAGUUUAUGAGGGAAUCAAGAGCGGCUCUUAUAGAAUUUAAUAAGAAAUUGGCUUUCGAUCCUCGAGUGGAAAUCUCUCAGAUCUCCGUUGGAGAUGGUGUCACUCUAUGCAGACGCCUUGUGUGAGCAAAAGACUAUUUAAAUAUUAAGACUAAAGUUUGGAAUUACAAAUUUAGUUGCUUCAAUAGUUACUUAUCGUCGUUUGUUUUUCUGAUACUAAA